AUGAUCAUUGAUCAAGCCUCAAAAUCUAAAACCAAUACUACGGACGGGAAGAGGAACAAGAACAAGGUCAAGGACAAGAAGAAGCAGCAGCAGCAGCAGAAGAAUGCUGCUGCUUCAUCAACGCGCACGACGCCAGUUCCAUUGGGCUUAGAUCAACAGCAAAACGAUCUUCUUUCCUUGCUUGAUCUUGAUCUUGAGCUUUAG